AUAGGCCAUAGGGAGAGAGCGUCUCCUGAUGAAGAAAGCAAACUCUCAUCUUUUUCAAGUUUCUUGAAUAAAAACCCCAUUUCUUGCAUAUUUUGCACCUAUUUUUCUUCCUCCCUUUUUCAAAUCUCGAGGCUGUUUUUUUUUUAAAAAAAAAAAAAAAUUGUGAAGUGGGAAUCCUUAUUAGGAAGCUCGAACUGACCCCUCGUUUGUUUUUCAUUUUCUUUCCAAGUGUUAUUAUUGUUUGUUUUUACAGUCUUCGUUUUGAGAAAGUUAAGGGAAUCCAAGGCAAACCAAAACCUCCAUUUUUAGCUGUUUUGGGAGCUAAGCAAAGCAAUCAAGAACUCAUUUUUAUUUAGUGUAAAGAAGAAAGGGAGGGAGGGCAUGAAAGGAGUUUGUUUCAAGCUGAGGAGAAUAUGAAAAAGAAUAACAUUUCUGCUUCUGCUGCUGCUGCUGCUGCUCCUAAGAGGAAGAAGGAAUGGCAUAUUGUUUCUUGGUCACAAGAGGAGGAUGAUAUUCUGAGGGACCAAAUCAGGGUUCAUGGAAUUGAGAAUUGGGCUGUCAUUGCGUCGAGAUUUAAGGAUAAAACGGCGAGGCAAUGCCGGAGGAGAUGGUUCACUUAUUUGAAUUCCGAUUUCAAGAAAGGCGGGUGGUCGCCGGAGGAAGACAUGCUUUUAUGUGAGGCACAGAAGAUGUUCGGGAACCGGUGGACUGAGAUUGCCAAGGUUGUCUCCGGGAGAACUGACAACGCUGUCAAGAACCGGUUCGCGACCCUUUGCAAGCGGAGAGCGAAGCACGACGCCGCAAUGGCAAAAGAGAACACCUUUUCUUGCUACAUCAACUUAAACAACAAAAGGGUCAUAUUCCCCAACGGCAACGACGAUUCGAGAGGCGACGAAAGCAGCGCGCCACUUAAAAAGACGAGGAUCUCGUCGACGAAAGCGACAGAAAAUCGCGACGAAUGCAACAUCGCGGAUCAUCGAGUGCUUCGACAUCCCUUUCAAGUGAUAGCUCAAAACACGCCCGAGGAUGAAAGUAACAAAGUCGAAGGCGCGUUCCUUAAGAAAGACGAUCCGAAGGUGCUCGCGUUGAUGCAACAAGCGGAACUGCUCAGCUCGCUCGCUGUCAAAAUUAACUCGGAGAAGACGGACCAGAGCCUCGAAUCCGCAUGGACGGCCAUUCAAGAUUUCCUAAAGCAAAACAAAGAAGUGGUCAUGUUCCGGAGUCAAGAUACCGAUUUUCAAAUCGAAAAGUUGCGGGAAUUGGUCGAGGAUUUGACGAGCAGCAAUGGAUGGAGUAGACACGCGGCAUCCCCGGCGAGCUCGGAAUACAGUACAGGGUCGACUUUCCUGUCGAUUCCGUUGGAUGAUCAGCAGCAAUGUCCGGUCACGGCUGUGAGAACAAAACAAGGCGAUACUCUAACAUGCGAUGACAUAAACGAGAAUAAUGGAGUGUAUGAGUAUUCGAAUACGGAAUUCGGAUCCCCUCUUCAUGUGACUCCAUUGUUCAGAGCAUUGGCAGCCACGAUUCCUAGCCCGAAAUUCUCAGAAAGCGAAAAGCACUUCUUGAUGAAGACACUAGGAAUGGAGUCGACUUCGGCAAGCCCGGUCACAAAUGCUUCCCAGCCUCCACCCUGCAAGAGGUCCCUCCUCCAUUGCCUAUGAACAACCAAGAACGACCAGAACAACAUCUUGCCAUUCGAGAGUUUUCUUGAUUCGUUUUUUUCAAGAUUUCUUUGUCCUUGGAUUGCAGCCAUCUCGACCUGGCUUUUUCCAAACAGGCCUGCCUGCGAAGAUCUGGUUUGGAAUCUGGAGAUGCUACGGAGGCAUCCUGAUUUCUCUUCUGAAGAUCAACGGCUAUGAUCUGCAUCCUCGAGUAUAUCUUCCUAAUACUCACUGUCUUUCCUCUGUGUGUGUAUGUGUGAUUUAUCUAUCAGCCAGUGUGUGCCAUUCUUUUGUUAGUCUGCCUGUCCCUCCAACGGAACACCGGAUACGGCGAUCCACUGUUCCCAGGCAUUCUCUUUCUUUCUUUCUUUCUUUCGGCUACAUAAGCCUAUAAUGUAUAGUGUAGAUAGUAACCAACCAACACUAAAACCUGA